AUGGCUUAUUCUGAUUCUUCACAAAUAAUGCCCUUUUCGUUACCACAAUCUUCCUUAGAGACGGGAUUUGCUAAAGAAGAGAAAGCCCUGGAUCACGGCCGUAGCUACCCCGGGUUGUUUGGCACCACAAACCACCCAGUGCUAUCCGCUAUGCCCCACCCCCCCGACAGAUCUCGUUCAUCUAACCCUCUCUUACAAGCAGAUAGCUUGAAGCCUGCAGCUUUCCUUACCGAUGAGGAACCAGACUCUCUCAUGAAGAACUUGAAGCACAUUACCCGAAUGGACCGCUUCAAGCAGGCGUUGCAUAACCCUGAAAUUCCCAAGAUUCCCUCACGUAAGACCCGGAAUAUCAGAGUCAAACAGGGUGACUCUAUCGAUAAUCUAUCUAGGUCUUCGCUGGCUGAAUUUUCAAGAAUGUCGUACCCUUCGUCUGCGUCCGCGUCCGCGUCACCAGCGCCGGCCGCACACUGGGCACGGGCGACAGCGCCCCGGGGUUCCUCGAAAAUCUCCUCCACUAGCAUCAAGAAGCGCAAGAAGCACAAGAAUUCGCAUUUGGGGUGUGCCACUUGUAAGAAGCGAAGGAUCAGAUGCGACGAGAACUUGCCGUCUUGCUUCAACUGUUCACGUUCCAUAAAUGGGAAGUAUGUGUGUUCCUAUUUGUCGCUUUCCGACGACGCUUUGAAGCAAUUGAAGCUUGCACAGGAGCAGUUUGCGCUCAUGAGAGGAAAAGGGAUGGAUGAGGAAGAGGAACCAGCAGCGAAAAAACUCAAUGUAUCUGAGACUUCUGGGCGUAGGGAAGUACCUGGAGGUAAGAGUCGUUCGGAACCUAAGAAUAUUCUGGCCCACCCAUCCAUGGCGUAUAACCCCCCAACGGCCAAGGCUUCAACGCUGAUCCACCCUCCGGGCUGGGAGACUCAGUCUUACACUAGUUACCAGGCCCCCGACGGCCCGAGAGUUUCGCACGUCCACAAAAGGUCCUUCUUACCCCAGUUGCCUGAUAGUAACCCUGAUGACCCACAGCACUUGUACUCCAACUGGGGUGAUAUUACCAUCUCGCAGCCUAUCAUUCGCAAUUUUGAGUCCGCUCUUGGAUUCAGGCAGCCUAUUUUCCUGAACAACAACUAUCCUCUGUUGAUUGGUUUGAAUGCCUCGAAUAACCCAGAAACUUUUACGGCAGAAAGUGGAAACCAGCAUACGGGCUUCGAUACCCGGGCUCUGACACUUGCUGGACAGAACCUGGCGAAACCAACCAGUGAAGACCAUCUGGAUGCGAUGAACCGGCCCCUCCAAGAUUUCGAUGGCGCAACGAGAGUGUCUACCGGCCAGUCUGGUUUCCAGACUCAGCAAGCUUCUUAUUCAUAUCCUAAUCCUCAACGCCAGCAGAACAGCCGAAGCAAUUCCCACGCUUCCCCCAAACAUGACCACCAAGCCACCCAAAUGAGGCAAUACCCCUACCUGGAGAAUAGCGGCCACAACUCCAUGCAUCGUUAUUCUAACCAGGAAUCGACUAUGAACGACCCCACGUUACCUACCUCACCCCCUUCACUUUCUCAUUCCUCUUCCACGGCUGUCUUAAAGGUUCAUCAAACACUCAUAGCGGGCUAUCAGUCAAACGGUAAGGCGUCCUCCCAUACACCAAACUUCUCCAUGUCUCCUCCACCAUCUGUUACUUCUAAUCCUAACCAAGCUGCACUUGAGAGCCAUCACCACCACCAGCAACAGUUCUAUGCCCCGUCUAUGGAACCACAGCAGAUCGGUAGUCAGUUAAAUGCCACUCCGUUUGGUGAGACAUUCCAUAGUGGUAUUUUGGGCACACGAAUGGCUCCCGGGCAUUCUGAACCGUUCUUUCCCCCCUUUGUCACACAACCUGGCCAUUGA